CUUUUUCGGUCUGGACCACUGUCGCGCUGACUCAUCCGCCACCCGUCUAGCUGGAACACACGGUCCUUCCCGAGAUCCUCCCCGGCUUCUCCCGCAUCUAGAACGACUAGAGAAUCCCCAGUGUCGUUUGACAUCCACUUCUGUCACUCCACCACUGGCCUCUAAGCUCCAAACCAAAAGAACGAGGAGAAUCCGGGGAUUCUGAUGCUCCACUUUUCCUCAAUCGCCCGUUUCCCUCCAUUCGAAUCGAUUCCCAAGUCCGUUAAUUCCCGUGGUUGCGGUCGAUCAUACACGCCUGGGCUGAUUGUGGUGCUGCUAAGAUGCUAUCAGGCCAGAUUGCUAUGGCCUCGUUGUGCUGUUUUUGACCCACAUACCCACAAGAGCGGUUGCCUCGAUUAAGUCGAUUCUCAUUGCCGGCAUUUGCAAUCGCCUGCCCUCCUAAGCCAAUGCUGCCCAUCUUUCCAACUCUGCGUGCAAUAUCGAAUGUCGCGGCUUCUAUCCCGACUUAUGUGGGGUUCCUGGAAUCCGCGUUGGACUCAGGCCCAGCUAGCAGGAAACAUGUGGUGCCCACACGCGUCAAGAGGUGGCGACGACUCUUACGGUCCUGGUUUGCAUACAAAGAACGCAUAAACAAGGCACGGUAUUGUAUGGUUAUGCACAAACGAAUCCAAGGCGAAUGGUCAUCGCACACAACAUAUACCGGGCAUACUAUCGCUCAAAAAUGCUCUGGUGUGCUUGAUGUUCGGCACUCCAUACCGCAACUCCGAGCAUGUAGUACAAUUGUCUCACGUACAACAUAUCUGACUUGUCAGUCGGCGAUCCAACUAGGAGCAUCUGCAGUUGUAUUUGUACAACCACAAGCCACCUCGGCGGUUAUUGGGUACCCAUCUUUAGGUCUUGUCCGGACACAAUGCCGAACCCUAUCCCUGCUGUUUGUCCGAUUCCAAGGGGAGUUGAUGUGA